CUAAGUCAUUUUCUCAAAGUAAUGAACUCAUCUCCUUUGUUUCCACUGCCAAAGAACCAACAAUCUACUUCCACUACUUCUCUUAAUUCAUUAAAAAAAAAAAAAAAAAAAUCACAGAAUCAAACUUGUUUAAUUAAGAAUGACUCUCUUCAAUGCUGCUUCUCAUUGGGCCAAUGUGUUCGGCAUUCUCGGAAACAUAGUGUCCUUCUUGGUGUUCUUGUCACCACUGCUGACGUUCUAUAGGAUAUUUAAGCGGAAAUCCACGGAAGGAUUCCAGUCAGUACCCUACUCCGUUUCCCUGUUCAGUGCGAUGCUCUAUCUGUACUACGCUUUUCUCAAGGGUGAUGUCAACGAAAAUGGAACCCUGUUAAUAACAAUUAACAGUUUCGGAAUAGCAGUUGAAGUGAUAUAUCUCGCAAUUUUCAUGAGAUAUGCCACCAGGGAGGCCAAGAUUUACACGACAAAGCUGAUUCUGCUGUUUAACAUUGCCUCAUAUGGAGCAAUCGUGGGCUUAACAUAUAUGCUCGGCAACAGUUACUUGCGACUCGUCAGCAUCGGAUGGAUCUGUGCCAUAUUUUCCGUCUGCGUUUUCGCUGCUCCUUUGAGCAUUAUGAGACGCGUUAUCCGAACAAACAGCGUCGAGUUCAUGCCAUUCCCCCUUUCUUUCUGCCUCACCAUCUGCGCAAUCAUGUGGUUUUUCUAUGGUCUUUUGAUGAAAGACCUGUACAUUGCAAUGCCAAACAUUCUAGGAUUUUUAUUCGGGAUUGCGCAAAUGGUAUUGUACACGGUCUACAGAAACAGAAAUAAAAACAAUCCGAAUGAAGACGCCAGUGACAUUGAAGCAGUGGUGGUGGAGAGUCAAGAAAAUGCUGCACCAACAACUUGACAACUUCUCCCAUUGUGUUAAUAGCAAUUUUAUCGAGCCAUCCUGUGUAACAACUAAUAUUUGUUUGUAUCAGAAAUUGUUCUUAUUUCUGCUCUUACAGAAUAGACAUCUUAGUGUUAACUGACAACUGUUUGUGUUUAUCAAUAGAAAGUAGCAAGUUCUUUAUAAA